AUGUCGUCACAACCUAUCGGCCAGAGGUCUGCGCGCGACCAGCCUCCAUUGCCUCCCCGUCCCCAGGACCAGUACACUCCGAAGCCAUACAACCCGCAGAAUUACCCUCAGCAACAGACCUAUCCGCAGCAGUUCCCGACACAGGAUCCCCAGAACCCCCAGAACCUAGGCCAACCUCAGUUUGCACCGCCGCCGACCCGGCCUCUGUCUCAAGGCAAACCGCACGGCUCGACAUUGCCGCCGGCUGCUGAUUCGUCUGCAACCUCGUCUGGUAAGCCCAGCAUGCGCGAGCGCCUCUAUCAGCUCAGCAUCAAGGUUGGCGCUCCCGUCAACCGCCUAACCAACCGCCUGGGCUCCGAGGCCUUUUGGCCCUCCUCCCUUGACCUCGAGAGCGACAAGGCCGCUCGCAUUCUCACCUCGUUUUGCAAGGACGGCUUUUACACGGACGCACCGGCACAGGCUGCACCGGCACAGGACACGGCAGCCCCUGGUCCCAAGAGCGGUUCUCGCAAAUCGCUGGUCAAGAUUCCGCCCGAGGCCAUCCGUGACGCCGCUGGCUUGGCCAUCUUCACCACGUUCCGCACGGGUGUCCACAUCUCCGGCGCCGGCGGCUCGGGUAUCGUUGUGGCCCGUCUGCCCGACGGUGGCUGGUCCCCGCCCUCGGGCUUCCUCGUGCACACCCUGGGUGCCGGUCUGCUCGUCGGCCUUGACAUUUACGACUGCGUCUGUGUCCUGCGCACGCCUGCCGCUGUGGCGGCCUUUACAAAGGCGCGUGUCUCGCUCGGUGCCGAGGUCGGCCUCGUGGCCGGCCCAGUGGGCGCUGGUGGCUCUGUCGAGGCUGCCCUGAUCGCCAACUCUGCGAGCACGGCACCCAUCUGGAGCUACAUGAAGAGCCGCGGCUUCUACGCGGGCGUGCAGGCCGACGGAACCGUGAUUGUUGUGCGACCGGACGCCAACGGCGAGUUCUACGGCCGUCGCGGCAUUGCGGCCGAUCAGAUCCUGCGCGGCCAGGUGCCCGCGCCCGGUACCGGCGCCAACUACAACCCGGCGAUCCCCGCCUGGCCUGUGGCCACGCGUAAGCUCAUGGAGGCGCUCAAGGUCGCGGAAGGUCGCACCGAUGUGGACAAUGCUGUCUUGCGCGAGGUGAGCGCGGGUCCGACCCCGGGCGACCUGGGCCUGGCCGAUGGUGAGCACGAGGUUGAGGUGCCCUAUGGCAAGGAGAAAGUUCAGUCGGCUUAG